AUGUCGCGCAACGCAGACAAGAUAUACUCGGCGACGUACAGCAAUGUCCCCGUCUACGAGCUCGUGGCCGGCGGGGUCGCUUGCAUGCGGAGGAGAAGCGACGACUGGAUCAACGCGACACACAUUCUGAAGGUCGCGGAGUACGACAAGCCCGCGCGAACUCGUAUCCUCGAGCGCGAGGUUCAGAAGGGCGUACAUGAAAAGGUGCAGGGUGGAUACGGCAAAUAUCAGGGGACUUGGAUUCCACUCCCAGAUGGCAGAGAACUUGCCGCGAAGAAUGGCGUUCUGGAGAAGUUGCGACCGAUCUUCGACUUUGUACCUGGCGACCGAAGUCCACCGCCAGCACCGAAGCAUGCCACCGCUGCUUCCAAGCCGAGACAGCCUCGUGCGCCAGCAGCAGCCAAGAGACAGCCUGUCUAUGCAGCUCAAGACUACGACCAAAUGGACUUGAGCGUGAACGAUGGCGGCACACCCGACGAUAUAACGAUUGCGUCUGAUGCUUACGAUGAUUUCGACAACUCUACCUAUCCCGGAUCUCGCAAGCGGAGACGGACUGAGGACAACAUGAGCCAAGCUGACAGAGAGCACCGACUAUGGGCCGAGGAACUCUUGGACUACUUCAUGUUGCAAGAAGACCCGGAAGAUCAACUUCCACAAGCACCACAGCCGCCACCGAAUGCGGACCUUGACCGACCGAUUGACGACAAAGGCCAUACUGCAUUACAUUGGGCGGCUGCCAUGGGUGAUCUUGAAGUAGUCAAGGAUUUGAUUCGCCGAGGAGCCAACGUUGAUGUGCAAUCAACGAUCGGACAAACGCCUUUGAUGCGAGCAGUCUGCUUUACGAACAACUACGAUCGUCGUUGUAUGGAUAGGCUUGCCGGGCUUCUGAUCAGAACCGUCAACAUGCAAGAGUGGUUCGGGCAGACGGUCUUCCAUCACAUCGCCAAGAGCACGCAGCGCAAGAGCAAAUACGAGUGCGCUAGGUAUUACAUGGAGUGCAUUCUGAACAAGAUGCACGACGUCAUGCCAGAAGAUCAGAUCGCCCAUGUGCUUGACGUGCAGGACAACGAAGGGGACACUGCGGUUACGAUUGCAGCCCGCAACGGAGCUAGAAAGUGCGUGCGAUCUCUCAUCGGCAGAAGCGCUUCCGUACAGAUCCCGAACCAUCAGGGCGAGACCGCAGACAAUCUGAUCAUCCAACUCAAUCACCGCCGACAAGAGCGGCAUCAGCUGAACAACCGCCAGCUAUCUUCCUCUCCUUUCCAACCGGACAACAGCAUGAUAUCCAUGGGCGGCGCAGUACAGCCGCGUUCAAAUGGCAUGAAUGGCACUGCUUCAAUCGACCCGAUGAUUGCAUCGCAGCAGUCGUUGAAUUCGGGAUCCCACCUACUGGACAGUGGUAACGACGUCUACAAGUCAGAAUCGGCGCUUGCACUCACGUCAUCCAUCAUGCCUGUCAUCUUCAACAAGGCGCGGACGCUUGCCGUUAGCAUCGAAGCAGAGGUUGCUGAGAAGGAGGCAGAGCUCACAGAAGCUGAGCGUGUUGUUGCUAUGCGUCGCCAUGAGAUCGACCUCCUCAAGCGACAGGCGGACGAGCUGCGAACAAAGGAGCAAGAGCAAAUUGAAGCCGCUGACACGGGCAACGACCUUGCCGCAGAGCUCGACGCUCUUAUGAGGGAAUGCGCAGAGCUGACUGAAGAAGAGCUAGAUGCUGAUUUGAAGGACCUCAUCGAACAGGAGGAACAAUCGCAACAAGACGAUACCAUGAUGGACGAUGACGAUGAUGAGGUCUUCAGGCAGAAGGCCGAUCUCGUCCGUCGUCUCCAGGAUGUCGUCAAGCAACGCCAGAGUCUCUUCGAGACCAUCGUGGAGAGCCUGUCCGUCGCCGGUUUAGGUGACAAGCACGCCGAGUACAAGCGUCUGAUCACCGGCGCCCUCGGCGUGCGAGAGGAAGACGUCGAGAGCAUGAUGCCCGAGAUCGUGGCGGAGCUGGAGGACGCGCAGUUGGAGAGUGUUGGCGGCGCAUAG